AUGAUCUCUUCACCAAUUCAAACCCCAAAAUAUCUUUAUCUUCUAUCAAUUUGCUUCAUUCAAAUUGCCGCCUCCAACAACAACGAAUUGGGCAAAGAGGAAGACAAUGGUUUAGGCUUGAAUGUGUUCAAAGAAAGGGUGAAGAGAGGAGAAGAAUCAGAAGGGUCUAUUAAUCCAAUAAUUAUUAUUGGAAUAUUGGCUUUCUUGUAA